GCCGCCUCCGCCUCAGGCCGGGCCGCCGUCAUGGCCGCCUCCCGCGACCGGUACUCGGUGCUGCUGCCCACCUACAACGAGCGCGAGAACCUGCCGCUCAUCGUGUGGCUGCUGGUGCGGAGCUUCAAGGAGAGUGGUAAUGACUUUGAAAUUAUAGUCAUAGAUGAUGGAAGCCCAGAUGGGACACAGGAAAUUGCUGAACAAUUGAUAAAGAUUUAUGGAUCAGACAAAAUUCUUUUAAGGCCCAGAGCAGAAAAACUGGGAUUGGGGACUGCUUAUAUUCAUGGAAUGAAGCAUGCUACAGGGAACUUCAUUAUUAUUAUGGAUGCUGACCUCUCCCAUCAUCCAAAAUUCAUUCCAGAAUUUAUCAGAAAACAGAAAGAAGGUAACUUUGACAUUGUGUCUGGAACUCGGUAUAAAGGAAAUGGAGGUGUUCAUGGGUGGGAUGUGAAACGGAAAUUAAUCAGCCGUGGUGCCAAUUUCUUAACUCAGGUUCUUCUGCGGCCAGGUGCAUCAGACUUAACCGGAAGUUUCAGGUUAUACAGAAAAGAGGUUCUACAGAAGCUAAUCGAGAAGUGUGUUUCGAAAGGAUAUGUUUUCCAGAUGGAAAUGAUUGUUCGGGCUAGACAACUGGGAUACUCUGUUGGAGAGGUUCCUAUAUCAUUUGUGGACCGAGUCUAUGGAGAAUCUAAAUUAGGAGGCAAUGAAAUAGUUUCCUUUCUAAAAGGCCUGUUGACUUUAUUUGCAACUACAUAAGAGAGUCUUCCCUGCAUUCAACGAACUUUGG